AUGCUCAGCUCAUCACUUAUCAACUUAUCCAGAUGUGUUCACUGUCACCAGGCUAUCUCAUCGGCCGCUGCUGCUCUUUUCACAAGUCGGUUUUCUUCAACAACAGUGCCAGAUUUUGAUGUACUGGCCCGGAAAUUUCAACAGUGGAAUGAGAAAAAAAGCGAUGGCGAUGUGGCUCUCUCGGAUGAGCUCGUCGAAAACAGAGAAUGGCUAAGGUGGGUGAACACAGAAGUGAUCGAUUCGAAAUCGUUUUCUUCGUACAAUGGGUCUGGGUGUUCCAAUCCAAAACUAACGUCUGAAGCUAACUUCAGUAAUCGAUCUAAGUGUAGCAAUUGUGACUUAAAUAGCAGGAGCUUAGGAGGGAUCGGUGUGCGAUUUCCUGUACCAGUACUUUAA